AUGAGAUCCAAUAAUGUAAACAGAGGUCAACAUGUUAGUGUUUUGAAACGUUUAAGUGGUGAUACAACUCGUCAACAACAGCAGCGUCAAACGCCACGAGUUAACGAUGCACGGGAAUUAUUAACAAAGAAAAAUAUUUUGAAAAAAUCCCCUGCUUCAUCAUUUGAUGCUAGACAAUUAAUUCAAGAACGAAACAAAUCGGCGUCUUCUUCUUCGACAAUAACAACACCGUUUCGUAGUGAACAAAUGUUGUUAGAAGAAAAUCCAAUGGUCGUCGUUACAGGAUUGAAAGAUAUAAGAAUGAGAGAUGGAAGAAUGGUCACUGGUUUAGGUCCUCCAAAACCGAAGAAAAUAUUCAAUGUUGGCCCGUCAACGUUUGUGACCAUACGCAAUAAUCCGGCGAAUCCUCAGUCGCUGUUUACAAAAACAUUUACUAACAAUUUGGCUCGAAUGGACAUGGAGGAUAAUGAUGAUGACGAAAUGACAAAGCGACAAGAAAGUGAUGAUUUAUCAUCAUUAUCUGAUCAAAAAGUUGUUGUUAGUGUUGUGAAUGAUUUGUAUAAAAAAGUGAAUAAGCCAGCAACAAUGAGUUCUUCAACUACGGCAACAAUCACCUCUUCAUCUUCGGUCCAUUCAAUUACAAAUGAUCGUGCUCGUUUACCUAUUCAGCGUAAAUUACCUGUUAAACGCCAACAUAACGAUGCAUCAAUUCAAACAGUAACUAGAACAACAAGUCCACCACUGCAACAGGAAAGAAUUCGUGGCAUACGUUCACCUAUACGUCGAACAAAAAUUAGUACAAGUACAACAACGCACGAUAUAAAUGAAGAUCUCGAUAUUGAUGAACCUAUUGAGCCGCCACCAAAACGAGCUCAGUUACAUUCAACUCAACAACAUGAACAUCAACAAUCAUCUUAUUUGGUACGAAAAACGAUUCAACAAACAUCGAAUAACUUAACAACAACGAAACGAACAUCAACUACGGCUGUUUCAACAACUACUGCACCAAUAGGUAGAUUAUCAACAACCAUGGAAAAACAAAAUUUGUUAAAGAAUUUGAAUGAUGAAACAACUGUUCUUGUCACUAAUUUACAUUCAACAGUGACGGAAGACGAUGUUAUGGAAUUAUUUGGUCAAGCCGGUCAAAUAAAUCACAUAAGCGUUUUAAGUCGUGGAUGUAUUCAAAUUGUCUAUAAACAUCGUGAGCAUGCCGAGCAAGCAUGUUCCAAGUAUCAUAAUCGUUUAUUAGACGGUCAAUUGAUGUAUGUUAGUUUACAGCAACCUGACACCUCUUUAACCCCAUUAUCAUCAACAAAGACGACGUCGACAAAUAUUGGAUCACCUUUAACGACGACAAUGGUUCCCCAAGUAACAACAACGGUCAAUAAACCUAUUUUAGCACAAUCACAGCAAAAAGAUAAUGGAAGGUUGAAUCAACCGCUAAAAUUAAAUACGCCCCCGACAACUACGAAUGGGACUAAUAAUCCAAUGUCAACAACAACAAAUAACAAAAUUAUAAUUGAUCCGACAUUAAUACGUCAAGCAUUAUUUCAACCAUCAACAAAUAAUACAAAUCCUGUUCAAUUUCAAGGCGAUACAAAUUUAGUUGAACUUGAUGAAACAGCACUGAUAAUUGUAGCCAUGUAUAACAGAAUAAAUGUUGUUGAAAAAUUAUUAUUAAAUUGUGCAAGAACUGAUUUAUGCAAGAAUUCAGAUGUUACUGUAUUAGUUCGAGCAAAAGAAUCAAGAAAUGGUCCAGAUAAAGAAAAUUUGAAUUAA